AUGCACAGACCCAGAAGACCCCUCCAUCCUGGAGCACCUGCCAUGAGCAUCAGCCUCCUGUGCUGUGCGGCCUUUUCUCUCCUGUGGGCAGGUCCAGUGAAUGCUGGUGUCACUCAGACCCCAAAAUUCCACAUCCUGAAGACAGGACAGAGCAUGACACUGCAGUGUGCCCAGGAUAUGAACCAUGACUACAUGUCCUGGUAUCGACAAGACCCAGGCAUGGGGCUGAGACUGAUUUAUUACUCAGUUGCUGCUGGUACCACUGACAAAGGAGAAGUCCCCGAUGGCUACAGUGUCUCCAGAUCAAACACAGAGGAUUUCCCGCUCAGGCUGGAGUCGGCUGCUCCCUCCCAGACAUCUGUGUAUUUCUGUGCCAGCAGUUACUCCACAGCGCUGCAAGGCUGUCUCCUCCCUGCACAUAAAGGCAGGGGAGGCUCUGCCCUCCUCCCCCACCCAAGACUCAAGGAUGCCCUGGGCAGAGUAUUCUGCAACGGGAACCUUGGAACCCCAAGUGGCCCCCAGUGGCCCAGACAGUAUGAGCCUUGCUCUGUGCCAGGUGUCUCUGCAUUCAGUCUCAGCCAGGCCUGGACUGGUCCCAGGUCCUCAGAUGUCUCCUUUGUUCCUCUCUCCUACAAACCCUCCUUUUGGGGUUGGGCCAGGGCUUCCCCAGCUCCUACUUUUCUACUCAUCAUCCUGAGUCCGAGGCCCCCAGGAUGA